UGUGCAGCAGCGAGGCCAUGGCCGGGAUCGGGAGCGCAGCGCGGAGGCUGCUCCAGCCCUGCAGCCGGCGGGGCAGCGCGGAGGUACCACAAAAGCAUCUGGCCCCUCUGGGGAAAGAGAGAGAAGCAACCGAGGAGGAGCGGCAAAGCAAAGAGCUGCUGAAACAGACGGCAGCCGAGAGGCAGAAGAUCGUCUGGGAGUGGCAGGAGCUGCGAGGGUUUCUGGAGGAGCAGAAGCAGCGGCUGCUGUCCCGGCUGGAAGAGCUAGAGAGAGCCAUUGUCCAGAGACGAGAUGAGGGCAUCUGCAGCCUGUCCUGGGAGAUUUCCCUGCUCAGUGAGAGGGGAGGAGAGAAGGGGCAGCAGCCGCUGAGCCAACCCCUGCAGGAUGCUGGGAGCACUGGAGGCAGCUGGGAGGACAGGAUGUUUCAGAAGCCAGAGUCAUCAUUUGCGGAGCUGGAGAAGAGACUCAGCGAUUUCUCUCUGAAAAGUGCCAUGCUGCAGGAGGUGCUGCUGGGAUUCAAAGAGAUGCUGCGACGGGGGCUGGGGAGCAACACAGCCAUCCCGAUGAUGAUUAAUUUCUGGGAAACAUCCUCAGCAGAAUUAUUUGAAGGUGUAGCAUUGGAGAGUAAAGGCACAGAGGCAGUGGCUUGUGGGAAACAGGGCGGCACAGUAACACCCACCUUUGGCUCCAGAUUGUCCCAGCCUCCCACGGGACAGGGAAGGGAACUGGCUGUAGUGGAGCUAGUCCAGGGGCCGGUGCCCUUCGAGGAGGUGGCUGUGUAUUUCACCAGGGAAGAGUGGGCUCUGCUGGACCCCCGUCAAAGAGCCCUCUACAGAGACGUCAUGCAGGAGAACUAUGAGAUUGUGACCUCGCUGGCAGGUGACACAAUGGUAUGUGAGAAAGAGGAGCAGAAUUCUCAACAGGAAAAUGUUGAGCAAGUGGAUAAACACAGAGAAUUAUCACAAAGAUCGGAAAGGAAUGUGUCCAGGAGUCAUGAGCAGGGAAACCCCUGUGAGAUUCAGCACAGACCAGAAAGAGAGUGCGGAAACCAGCCAGGAGAGAAAGUGGGUAAAUAUAUUUCCUGUUGGGGAACUCAGAAGGACAUCAAGGGAACCACAACACAGCAGGAAAUCCUCAUGGGAAAGAGAAAAAAUACAUGCACUGAUGGGAAAAACGUAUGUGACUCCUCAGCCCAUAUAAAGCAUCAGAGAAUCCACACAGGUGAGAAACCCUAUGAAUGCAGUGAGUGUGGGAAAACCUUCAAGCGCAGCUCGCAUCUUAUUACCCAUGAGAGAAUCCACACAGGGGAGAGGCCCUACAAAUGCAGCGAGUGCGGGAAAACCUUCAAUUACAGCUCAAACCUUAUUAAUCAUCAGAGAAUCCAUACUGGGGAGAGGCCCUAUGAAUGCAGUGAGUGUGGGAAAAACUUUACUCAAAGAUCAGGCCUUUCUGAACAUCAGAGACUCCACACAGGGGAGAAGUCCUAUGAAUGCAGUGAGUGUGGGAAAAACUUUACUCAAAGAUCAGGCCUUUCUCAACAUCAGAGAAUCCACACAGGGGAGAAGCCCUAUGAAUGCCUUGAGUGUGGAAAAUGCUUCAUUAACAGCUCAGAUCUUUCUAGGCAUCAGAAAAUCCAUACAGGUGAGAGGCCCUAUAAAUGCAAUGAGUGUGGAAAAUGCUUCACUAACAGCUCAGCCCUUUCUGAACAUCAGAGAAUCCACACAAGGGAGAGGCCCUAUGAAUGCUGUGAAUGUGGGAAAACCUUCAAUCGCAGCUCAAACCUUAUUACUCAUCAGAGAAUUCAUACAGGGGAGAGGCCCUAUAAAUGCAAUGAGUGUGGCAAAUGCUUCACUAGCAGCUCAGCCCUUUCUAAACAUCAGAAAAUCCACACAAGGAAGAGGCCUUAUGAAUGCGGUGAAUGUGGCAAUACCUUCUCUUGGCACUCAGCCCAUGUUAGCAAUCAGAGAAUCUGCAAGGGAGAUAAACACCAUAAAAACCUCUAAGGCUAUCAAUACUUUUUUUCUUUAAUAUUUUUUCCUGAUUCACACGGAGUCCCUGGGCAAUGGUCUGGAACUGCUCCCCACAAAGCCAGUCAGGACUUUGGGGAGCCUCCACUCCCUUGGAGCAGACUAUUUUCAGGGCUAGAAGCUCACACAUCUUCAGCUCCUGGAUCUCUCUUUAGAGCAUUCGGCAUCCUCUCCCCCUCCGUGCACUUCCCACAGUGAGACCGCCCCAGCGGGGUCCUGGGGAAGCCACAGGGUCCUGCACCCCCACUUUGCAGACAGACGUGACUCAGCCAGCCAGUAAAACAGAGGUUUAUUUGAUGACAGGAACACAGUCUAAAACAGAGCUUGAAGGUACAGCGAACGGGACCCCUCAGCUGGGUACAUUCUGGGGGUCAGUGAGCCAGACCCCCACAUCUGCACUUCAGUCCUUGUCCCCAGCCUGCUCCAGACUGAAAACCCCCUCCAGCCCCUCCUCUUCUGCUCAGCUCCUUUCCCGGGCUAGGAGGUCACCUGACCUCUUUGUCUCCAACACCUUCAAUUGGCACCUUUGCAGAGAAGGGGCCCAGGCCAUCAGUUGCUAGGAGACAGAGUGUCAGGCAUUUAGGUGCACUGGCCCUUUGCUCUGCUAGAUACUUAAGAACUGCAUAGGGGACACUGAGGCACCAACACAGUAUUCAGAGGAAACAAGAACAUUCCUAGUUCGUCACACCCACGUAGUAACUUUUAAAGCUCCUUCAACUGUUUGCAGCACCGUUAUCCCUCAGCUUGUCUAGAGGAGUGGCCCAUUUUUUUCCUUUUGAUGUUCGCCCUGAUUUGAGGUUUACCCAUUGAUCCUUUCUAUCAGCACAAUUGUCCCAUGAGUAAUUUGAAUCCCAGGAAAUGGAGCAUCACAUUUAUACCAUUCCUCCUAUUGCAAAGUUAUUGUUAGAGCACAGUGACACAGAUUGUAUCAUUGCCAGUUGUCCUCAUGUUGCUCUGGGUUUUGCUGAAGAGCAGUUAUAUUGGGCACUUUUCAGAUUAUAGUUAAAUAAAGAGGAACGGGACAGGAAAAAAAGUGUUAUUUCAGUCUCUGUGACACUGGAAGGAUACGAGGUGACUCAGCAAUUCCCUCCUUCUCCAUCACUGCAGAACUGUUACGUUUUGUCUGUGCCAUACAGAGUUUAUUUUCAUUCUAUCUGUGAAAGCAUGUAAAGAAUCCAAGCGCUGGAGGACAGGGUUUGGGUCCAGAGUGACCUAGACAAAUUGGAGGAUUGGGCCAAAAGAAAUCUGAGGAGGUUCAACAAGGAGAAGUGCAGAGUCUUGUACAUAGGAUAGAAGAAUCCCAUGCACUGCCACAGACUGGGGACUGACUGAGUGAGGUGGGGUUGAUAGCAGCCUUCAACUACCUGAAAGAGCAGCAUUGUGGGCUUUUUCCUUGCCACUUUUGCUGGGCUGGGCAGGCAGCCUGGAGGCCUUUCUAGAAGAGCAUUGGGAACUGAGUUAGGAAAACCAAUGUGAAAACCAGAACCUCAGGUUUAGACUCAUUUAUUUAUAAUAUUAAAUCUUGGAUUCUAGUGUCACAAUCAAUACAGUUACUUCAGCCUGAUAGUUUCCCAAAGGGAAAAAUUAACUUCUCUCCAAAGGGAGUGGAGGGAAAGCACUUUUCAGAAUCAGAGAGACAAGGCGGGUGAGAGUAAGAGUUUGUAGAGGACCAACCUCUGUUGGUGAAAGAGACAAGCUUUGGAGCUAACCCUGCACACUUCUUCAGUUCUGUGUAGCCUGAAAGGUCGUCUCAUCCACAAACAGCAGUUAGAAUGUAAGAACGGCCACACUGAGUAAGACCAGUUUAUCUAGCCCACUGUCCAGUCUUCCGAAAGUGACCUAUGCCAGGUGCCCCAAAGGACCCCUGGGACCAAUAUGGAUACAACAACACUGCAAACAAGGUUCAAAGGCAAUGCAUGAUUGAAGUGGAGCUUCAGUUCCCCUCUCCUAGGGGUGGGGCUAGGGCCAGUUCCCAAUGAGAUCUGUUUUCACCUUUGCCCCCUUUCAGUCACUCUGGGAUCCUAACUCUGCUCCCAGCUGUCAGGCAGCUUCCAGCCCAUCCACCCUACCCACUAAAUCCAUGGUCAUGUGUCACCCCCUUUGCCAGCACACGUAGCCUGCAGGAAAGCUACUCCUGCCAGAUGUGUUGGUGGUAUAGUGGUGUGCAUAGGUGCCUUCUAAGCAUUUGAUCUGGGUUUGAUUCCAAGCCAAUGCCAUGAUGGAUUUUCUCUUCUGUUGUUUCCUCAUCUGGAAGUGGUUUAAUUUCAGUCACAUUGUGUUACAAUCACAUUAUCCAUAGAAUGAGACAUUAAAUGUGCCAAAGUUCAGCAGGUCAUAUGGGAUGGAGGCACACAAGGGGCUCGAAUGCGUCAUCUGAGAAAGACAGAACUCUUGGAAACCUGCAUCUCCCAUCCCCUGGUCUUCUGUGUUAUGAUUCCAGCUGCGUGAGCUCUUUGUAUGAUGUUCCUGCAUGAUGAGGAAAUAAAGUUUUGAGUCAGUUUUU